AUGUUAAACACGCGUGAUCGUACGGAUGAAUUUGGAAAAACUGUGAAACAAAUUAUUAGUAGAAGAGAUGCUUUUAAUUUUUCUCCUAAUACUUCGAUCAAUUGCCGUCAACAGCCUCAAUCAGUUAUAAAGCAACAUGUUGUUUUCAUGCAAAGUGUGAAGAAAGUCGGUGAAGAUCUCUCACAGAUAUUUUUAAAAUUAGAACAAUUAGCAAUAAUGACAAAACACUCGUCAUUAUUCAAUGAUAAAACAAUGGAAAUUGAUGACUUGUCACAGUCAAUAAACCAGGAUAUUACUAAUUCAAAUCUACAUAUUGGACUGCUUCAACAAUACAUUGAAAAUACUGCUCAGUUCAAAUCAGAAGAUUCAAAGACACAUAACACUUUAGUUGUUUCUACUUUACGAUCGAAAAUAACGACAAUGUCGAAUGGGUUUAAAGAAAUUCGUGAUGCUCAAAUUCAAAAUAUGAAAAAACAAAAAACACGUCGAGAUAAUUUUUCAAGAAGUACAGUUUCAUUAUCAUUGACUGCCCCUUCAUCAGUUACUAAUAGUAAAACAAAUCAACCCUCGGUACUUUUUCGUGAUGAUAAUCAUGCGGCACAUGAAGAUGCUACUAUUAUUAGUAUGGGUUCUGAACAAAGGUUUCAUUCGCCAUUGAAACAACAAAUGCAAAAAAUAGAUGAAACAGAUAUGGAAUAUCGUUUGCAAACAAUGCAACGCAUCGAGCAAACAAUCGUUGAAGUUGGCGAUAGUCUUACUCAAUUAGCUACUAUAAUACAAGAACAGAAAGAGUCGAUUGAGAAAAUUGAUAUAAAUGUUGAACAAGCUAGGAACCAUGCGGAAGAUGCAAUUAGAGAAUUAAGUCGAUAUAAUGAGUCGAUGAAAUCUAAUCGAUGGCUUAUUAUUAAAGUAUUUGCAGUAUUAAUUAUAUUUUUUCUUAUCUUUCUUAUUGUUUUUGCUUAA